ACCGCACUCCGCACGGACACGUGCUGGCAAAGCAUGCGUACGUGUCCUCUCCAGUUCUUCCCCAGGAGGCCAAGGACCCAGUAGAACGCCGAUCUGUUGUAUACGGAGUUACGGACUGGCGCCGCCGCUUAGUCACCACCCACCAAACUUCACGGCUUCGGCUAUCUUCAAGAGACAAGAGUGGAGGGCGAAGAGCAGAGCUGGGGGGGAGAUGAACAGCGGCGUGGACACGCAGGCGCGGGCGCUCGCGGACGAGGUGCGCGGUAGUUUAGAGACGAAGAACUGGAUGCUGGACCUCGGUCACCCGCUCCUGAACCGCGUCGCCGAGAGCUUCGCCAAGGCCGCGGGGAUCGGCGCAGUGCAGGCGGUCGCCAGGGAAUCGUACUUCAUGGCGACUGAAGGCGAGGGAGGAUCUGUGUCCGGCGCGACCGGCGCAAGGAAACGCUCGUUCCCGGAGCUCAAUGGGACGAACAGUAGCAGCAUCAAGUCGGCAGAGGCCAUGGUGAAAAGCGUGAGCAAAGAGUCGUUACAGUGGGGGCUCGCGGCUGGGGUGCACUCCGGCCUCACCUACGGCCUCGCGGGGGUGCGCGGGACGCACGACUGGAGGAACAGCGCCGUGGCUGGCGCCAUCACGGGCGCCGCGGUCGCGCUCACGUCGGAGCACGCGUCGCACGAGCAGGUCGUGCAGUGCGCCAUCACCGGCGCCGCGCUCUCCACGGCCGCCAACGUGCUCUCCGGCAUAUUCUGAGCCGCCGGCCGUGCCGUGCCGCUCGAUUUCCGAGGAUUGGCUGAUAGUUCUGUCACCCAAUCGUUCGGGUACCGUCGCUCUUACGCUUCAGUACGAUAACUUGGGAGCGUUGCAUUCAUGCAUUCACUUGCAUUGUCAUUACAACUUAUGCCCUACUUUACUGUUAGCCGUAUAACGGUUUUACUAUAAUUUACACGCUGCUUAGUCA